GUUUUGGCAAUUCGUGUAAAGUUGAGGUUUUUUUUGGCCGAAUUCCCAUAUUAAAUCUAAUGUGUAUGAACAAUAAUGGCCGGGUUGACUAAUAUACCCAAAAUGAUUGUUCUAUUGAGCUGACGCAUGUGAUCAUCUUCGCUGUUUAGCGCCACCUUAAUUUAAAGCAUUUUUUAAUUGUUCUCAUCAAAAUUAAUUUUCUUCUUGGAAUCAAAAUUAUUUCGACAAAUGAAAAGAUGCAAAGAAAAUGGACGACCAAGAAAAGAACAAAGAAAGAAAAACAAAAGUAAAUAGAGGAGAUCGUAUGUUACAAAAAAAAAAAAAAAAAAAAUAGAGGAGAUCGUGAUACGGUGAUGUCUUUAAAUCCGCCACGAACAUAGGCCGAUUGAUUAAAUAUCACUGGGGUCAUAUUACCGUAGACAAUCAAUGCGUUUAUUAUCAACCAACAAAUUUCUAUUUGGUUACACAACGGAAGUCGAUUUGGGUGGCUGCGCAUUCCUAGGGGCCUGUGGAUAAUCUAGCAUUUAAUUGUACAAAGGUAUCUAAACUUAGAUUAUACGAACCUCGAUCCUUGUUAUUCGAAUCAAAUUAGUUUGUAAGCAAGAUGAAAGAAAACUAUACUCACCGGAGCUGGUUAUCCGAGUAAUCCACUUGAACAACUCAUUGAGCUCUUGAUACCUCUUUACAAUGGUGUUCAUUCUUGUCUGUUUACAACUCGUAUCACCCAAGAUCAUGAUUAGACCAAGAAUAAGGAAAUAUACGACUAGAUCUGUAUUAGUGGUUUACCUAAGGAAAGCCUCACACAAGUUAAGUAUAACACGUAUGAUUUGGGUCCAGCCAAAACCAGCUGAGAAUCUUCUCAAAAAAACAAAAGCUGAAAACCCCCUCCUUUUCCUGGAGUCUUAACUUAAGCACACUUGGAGAUAACUUAGAUAAAGGACACAGUUCUUCAAAACCGACAUGGUAAAAAAUGUAAGUAUUGACCGGGUGAUUGUGGUCGAGUGGUAAGGAGACGGGGCUGAGACACCAACAUGUUUCAGGUUCGAUUCACCUGUUGCGCGAAACUAAGUCACAAUUAUCCUGGUCACCCAACACGGAUAUGGGCCCAUGCUUUAGGGCCCAUUUGAAUACCCGGAGAGAGGGUCUAUCCGUGGGCUGCACCUCCCCUUGGAGAUUAGUCUGGGCCUCUCCAUGGGCCUGGGAUACCCCCAGGUUAAUCAAAAAAAAAAAAAAAAUGUAAGUAUUCGCUAGUAUUUGUUUUGGUACAAAAUUGUUUCAACAAGUUUAUGGAUAUUCAAGGACAAUUGUUGUUUCCCCUACAAAAUUGCUACAAGCCGCCUCAACAUUACAAAGCCCACAUUUGGUGUGACUAAUAUAUUUAUUCCUUACAAGCUGCCCCCAACAUUACAAAGCCCACAUUUAUUCCUUAUCUUAUACCAACAUAUUCGAAGCCUAAGUAUUUAUUAAUGCAAUAAUGGAGUUGUUCGGUUGGUUUUCGAAUCAAGAGACAUAUAGAUUGAAGUAUUUUGACCAAAAAAAAAAAAGAUUGAAGUGCAUAAUAUCGAGUGUGAGAUGAUUUUUUUAAUUGGAACCUCUCAUGGAUUUAUCAUGUUAAAUCUAUAAAAUCUUGAUAGAAAAGAAUAAAAUAAAUAUGAAAUGAAACUGGUUAGUAACACGUUUUUUAUCGGUAAUGCGUAACUUAUAUUUUCUUUGUAACCACGCGUAUGUGGUUGGGAUAGUCAAGAUGGAAUCCAAGCUCGAAUCUGCACCACACCAGAUUUCCACAACCUGUGGCUAUCGGAAAUGAUUUACCAUUUUUUUAAAAUAUUUUCUUUGUUUCAUUGUAUAUGUUGUUUGAAGUUCCAAACACAGUAUAUUUUUAAUUUACUCAUAAUAAAGUCACUUCAAAACCCUAUAAAUAAUACUCUUAAGGAAAGCUCAACAAUCCAAAGUCCAAACAUAUCAUAAUGGUAGUAGAAACAAUAACAAUACCUUUUCUUCUACUUAUCAUCUCCUCCCUUAUUCCACCAAUCCUCACUGUUGAUCCCCCACUCCCAUCAACCGACGGGUCUGAUUUCAUCCGUACGAUCUGCAACACCACACUAUACUCCGAUCUAUGCUUCUCCUCUCUCUCCACUUUCGCCAACUCCAUCCACAAUGACUGGAACCGCCUCGCACGCGUAGCCAUCUAUCUCACUCUUUCCAACACUCUCCACCUUGUCUCUUACUUCCAAAACGCUUACAGCAACUGCGUUGACCACGGUUGUGGUGGUGGACCCCACAACUCAACGACUUCUGCCCUAAAGGACUGCUUAGAGAAUCUUAAGGAUGCGGUCGAUGAUAUGAGAGGGUCGAUGAAACAGAUGAAGGAGCUUGUCUCCACGGGCUCGGUCCAGUCGUUUAAAUUCCAGAUGAGUAAUGUCAAGACUUGGCUCAGCGCAGCUCUCACUAACGAGUACACUUGUACGAAUGGGUUCGAGGACUUCCACGAUGAUGGCUCCAUCAAAGAUGACGUAUGUUCACGAGUGGAAGACAUCAAGAAGCUGACUAGCAAUGCGCUUGCUUUAGUCAAUCGCUACGCCGACAAGGCUAUAUUACCUUAAUCAUUCAUCGAUCAAGUUUUCUUUUUUCUUGAAAAAUGAAUUUAUUUACAUCAAAUUUAAAUGUAGUAUAUCUGAGUUUUUCUUAGCUGUAUAAUAUGUUUUCGUGUCGAAAUUAUUAUUUACUAAAAUCAUUUCAGUCGUUCUAAACAAUAUAAAACGAGUGUGUAAAAGGAAUCAGUUAUAGUCUCGUUCUUCUUACAUACGUUGUCGUUUUAGGAUUUUCUUAUAUUAUUUAGAAUAUAAAUCCAUAAACUCGUUUAGAGAACGUGAUAAAAUAAAUAAUUGAAACGAUAUGUUGUCUGUUGAUAAAAGAAAAGAUGUAUAAUUGAUAAUUUGGUAUCAUUACCAUGCAUGCGCUGUGACUCCAUUACCACUUAGUUAGUUUAUAUGAGAAUACCUGGUUUCAGAUAUGUUUGUGAAUCUUGCAUUCGUUGUACUAUUGAACACGCUCGAUUAUCGCUCUCAAAGAUUUCAAAAAGUAAGAAACUUCAACGAAUAUGAAAACAUAAUCAAGAAGAACACACCAAUUUAAUUACAGUCCAAGAACCUUUUAAAAAAGGCUAAAGUUAAGCACAUACCAUUUUUCUCUACUAAAACAUAUCCAGAAAAAAUAAUUCAAACGUCUCUUCAAAAUAUAUUCAUUCAAGAUGACUAGCAUUAUAUAAUGUUUGGUAUACCUACUACUGAUGUGAUUUUCCAUAAAGCCAGAAAUGAAAAUGUGUUUUUCACUUCUCCUUAAUGGAUUGUAGUAAAAAUUUUGUAUGAAAUGAACCAAAUACCGAAUUUUCAAUGGGGUUUAGAUAAUUUUUAUUACGAAAUAGAAAAAGCAUAUUCAUUCACCUGGAUAUAGACUAUACAUAAUAAACAAUAAAAUACUAUAAAUCUAUUAUAAUUAGUUUUCAAGAUACCAUAUAUUUCGGUUGACGAGCUAUCACUAUCCAAGUAUAAUUUAAAGACUAGAUAAACGAGGGAAAUAAAAAAAUCAUAAAAAGAGCCAACUCAGUUUGAGUUUCUCUCAUGUUAAGAAACAGAAUUUGAAACUUAUCGCAGUUUUACUAUAUAUAUACAUACUGUCAAAUGCAAUUUUAUAUAGUCACUAAUUUAUGAUAUAUCACAACAAUUAAAGUUCUUAUGUUUACUUCGUCUGAAGUUUGCAUAGUAGUCUUAUCUUUCGACAUCUAUUAUCCAACAAUUUUGGUAUGCAAAAGUCCAUGCUUUGAACCACAUCCAACUGCAAAUCUACAACAAGUACUAGUUUGAUACAAACGUGUUAGUGAUUUAGUGGCAGUACAAAAGAGUUGAUUUCUUUAUAUCUCAGGUUCAUUGUUCAAAGUUUUUUUUAUAUGAAAGGCCAUUUUAUAAAAUGAAAUUUCCAAAAACUUUAAGAACUGGGAGAAAUUAUGAAUCUAAAAGCCUUGAAUUUCAAAAACAAAUUACUAGUUAACGUCUAAGAUUGAGUCAACUCCAUAGAACGAAUAUACGUACCAAGAAGUCUACGUUCAUAAUAUGAUCAUUAAAAUAUAUAUUUUUUCUUUUGUAAUGUUAUUGUUUAAUCCACUUCUAUUUUUCUUCCAGAAACAGAAAAUUUCUAAAACAGAGAUGUAAUUUCACCAAAAGAUGCACAAAAGUACAUAUAUGAAAUCGUUCCAGAAUUUAUAUCAACUGCCGAUUUUACACUAGAUCCACAAAAGUACAAAUAUAAAAUCGUUGUAGAAUUUAUAUCAACUGCAGAUUUUACACUAACUCUAAACUUUGAAUAUCGAACCAAGAGAAACAGUCAAAUGUGUACAUAUAUAUUAGAAAGCUAGGGCCUAUCCAUUGAUUUUAUGUACAAGAAAUUGAUGGUUAGCUAAAAUCAUUAGUCUUGGUGGAGGCAAAAACCUAGUAAAGGACAAAAUAUGCAAAAAGAACAAAGGAAGGAUGCUUAAACUGGGAGGAGUGUUUGGAUCGUAAUGAUAACCUCUAUUGUCUUUUUUUAUUUAAAAAAAAUUUUAGAACCCGUGAACCUUGACUCAUCUUUUUACAAAAACUAUGAAAAUAAAAUUACACAUACAUACAUACGUGCCUUUAGUCUCUAGCACUAUCACUAGGCUGUCCACGGAACGGAUAUCUGAAAAAUUUGCAGUAUCUGUGAUCUACUCCAUUGUAGACGAAUAUUUACGUUAGUGAUUUGUUUCGGUUUGAAAAAUUCUGAAUAUCCAAAAUUAUUUUAAAUAUUCGCAGAUUAUUCGAUCUGAUACGCUAAUUAUAUUAAAAAAUAAAAAAUAUAACAUUAUUAAAUACAAUUUUUUUAAAAUAUCAAAAUAAAAUAAAAAUAAUAAUAAUAUCAUACUAACAAACUAACAUUUUAACAUAAACUAUAAAUCAAAAUUCAAUAGUAACAAGCCUUAUAAAAAACCAUAUGUUCACAUUUGACUCACUAUAAAAUUUAAAUUGGAUAUGAAAUAAUCCAAAACAAAAAUUUGAAAAAACAACUUAAUAUAGAAAAAUUAACCAAAUUAUAUCAUAAAUAUUUUAUAUAUAAUAAUUUCUAUAUACAAUUACAUUACAUAUCUAUAAAUAUACGGAUAUCCAGAUUUCCAAACAAUAAUAUUUGUGGAUUGCUUUGUUUUUAUGGAUAUCACAUUUUGCUAUUUGUUUUGAUCUGAAGUUUUACGUAUACCAAGAUUUUUGGGAUAGAUAUAUUGGUUAUAAAAUUGUUUAUGAGAAUUCGGUUGAAGUUUGUGUUUAUCAAUAAAAUUAAAAUAACCCAUUGAUUUGAAUAUCGAACCAAGAGAAACAGUCAAAUGUGAACAUAUAUUAGAGAAAGCUACAUCCUAACCCAUUGAUUUUAUGUACAUAAGAAAUUGAUGGUUAGCUAAAAAGAAUUAUUAGUCUUCGUUGAGGCAAAAGCCUUGUAAAAGACAAAAUAUGUCCAAAUUAAAGAACAAAUGGAGGAUGCCUAAACUGGGAGGAGCGUUUGGCUUGUAAUGAUAAGUUGAUAACCUCUCUCGCCUUUUUGUCUAAUAAUACAAAUUAAAAACCCGUGAACCUUACUCAGCUUUUUAUCAAACAUGAAAACGAAAAUACACAUGCCUAGAACACAUCACUAAUACAUUGUUUUUGUAAUCAUGGAAUGGAAAAGUAAAUAUACUUUAAAAAAAAUAAUUUCCCUAAUAAAAAUUGGAUAUCAUAAAAACUAAGUUAUAAAUAGGUUAUUUGACCAGUGGCGGACCCAGGAAUAUUUUUUACCUGGGUCAUGGCUCAAAUUCAUUCAUACAUUAAACCCAAAUAAAGUAAAUAAUGAUUUUAUAUCAAAAGAAAAAAAAGACUAUAAUGUGUACAACCUGAACUUUGAACUCGUGAAUGGGGGGGUUCAUUGGGUUCAAUCUGUAACCAACUGAACCAGUAUCCAAUACUAAAGUAGGCUUACAAAUUAAAAAUGUAUUUUUAACCUGUGUCAAUUGCAACCCCAUUCUUCUAUGUAGGUCCGCCUCUGUAUUUGAUUAAUAAAAAUAUGAAUAUUUUCUUAGAUAUUUAUAAUUGUAGGUCAUGUAAGUAAUUUACUUUAACUUUUUGUAUUACUAUUAUUUAAGUUAGGGUGGACGUUCGAACCGUUGGGAUUCGUAUUGGGUAUUUCAGAUAUUUUUAUGUAUUUCGGUAUAAAGAUACAAAAUCCGCAUGGGUAUUUUUAUACUUUGGGUUGAGUAUGAAUAUUUGUAGUUUGGAUAUGGAUAAUUCAGAUCAGUUCGGUUAUUUAAAUUUAUUUAAAACAAGAACGGGAUAAAAAAAUCGUUUAUGAAUUAAAA